GAUGGAUCUUCAGUGGAUCUCAGGUGAGCGCUCUCUUUGGCGCCUCCUCUCAGAUUGCUCGCUGUGUAAAGUCUACUGGAUCUGUUACCCAAGGCCAGACACACCGAGCCUGUGACUUCUAAAUUUGGGGCCAACAGGAUCAGGUUCCUUCUGCCCAGCACACACAAUCCUGCCUUAGUUACAAGACCCCUCUCCUUCCGUCACACACAUUGCUCUCUCCUACUGCAAACGUGGAACUCUCUUGCAUCAUACCGGUCUCUUAAGAGCAGUUUGAGAGAGUUUUGUUCUAGUUCUUGCAUUUGCUUCCAGUGAAGAUCAUCCAGGUGGCCUUCACCUGACUCGACAGCUUUUUUUUUACCCUUACACACAGCUCGUUGGCGGGUAGAAGCGCUGACCCGCCAUGUUUCUGGUUCUGUUGGUGACAGAUGAGUUGAGGCAGCUCCUGGCCAGGGCAAGAAACGGGACUGGGCGUCUCAUCCAGGUGCUGAUCCGAGAUGAGCAGUUGGUUCUGGGUGCAUACCGUGAGCCCUCUCAGUCCUGGGAGAAAGAUUAUGACCACUUCCUGCUUCCUCUACUCGAUCCCCAGGAGCCUUGCUACAUCCUGUAUCGCCUUGACUCCCACAAUGCCCAGGGAUAUGAGUGGAUCUUUCUUUAUUGGUCACCUGACCAGUCUCCAACCAGACAGAAGAUGCUGUAUGCUGCCACUCGUGCAACAGUGAAGAAAGAAUUUGGUGGAGGGCAUGUAAAAGAUGAGCUCUUUGGCAAUGUGGUGGAGGAUGUUUGUCUUCAGGGUUACCUUCGUCAUGUAUCAUCAAUCUCCAGCCCUGCUCCUCUCACACACGCUGAGCAGGAGCUGCAGAGAAUCAAAACCACAGAGUGCAGAGUUAAGCAGGUUAUUACAGAGAUGAGUGUGGAAACUAAGCCCCAGACGUUACAGGGCCUGGCCUUUCCGCUACAGGCAGAGGCUAAACACGCUUUACAGCACCUCGCUAAGAAACACAUUAACUACAUCCAACUGAGGCUGGAUACUGAGAAAGAGACCAUUGAGCUGGUACACACUCGGCCCACUGAGACACAUGAUCUUCGCAGCAGGAUCCCAACAGACACUCCACGCUAUCACUUCUUCCUCUAUAAGCACUUGCAUGAGGGAGUCUACCUAGAAUCUGUUGUGUUCAUCUACUCGAUGCCGGGCUACCGCUGUAGCGUUAAGGAGAGGAUGCUGUAUUCCAGCUGUAAGAGUCGGCUCCUGGAGGGGGUGGAGCGGGACUACCAUAUAGAGGUGGUCAAAAAGUUGGAGAUAGAAAGCGGGGAUGAGUUGACGGAGCAGUACUUGUAUGAAGAAAUCCACCCUAAGCAGCAUGCUCACAAGGAGGCGUUCGCCAAACCUCGUGGUCCUGCAGGGAAAAGAGGAAAUAAACGGUUGAUUAAAGGAGUGGGAGAGAAGGUUGUGAACAGCUAGACAGGAAAGCACAUGGGAAGCAGGUCCCUGCUCUUCCCUCCAGGGAUCUGAAGAUUUUGCAGUGUUAAGGCAUGACAGGAUGAAAGAGGUUGAAAUGUGGUCUCCAGUUGUUUUUAUUCUAAUUGAUUGUGAUGCUUUGUUUUGUUUUGUUUUUUUAAAAUUUUAUUAGCUUGGGUUUCAUAAGUCGUGUUUCUUUUAAUCAUUCGUGUUUCUUUUAAAAAAAAAAUGUGUACACACUCAUCAAGAAAAGAAAGGGAUCUCAGGAAUUCAUUCAGUAUCUGUAAAUUGUCUGUUCAUGCUUUUUAUUCAUUCAGAAAUUGAAACUUGACAAUCAUGUUUCAUGCACAAAUUCAAUUAGAGUCAGUAAUCAAAGUGGAUUAGUUUCUUUGAUUUUAUUUCACAGCACUACCAAACACUACCGUAACCAAACAUGGCAGAUCUAGACGCAGUAGAAUGUGAAUUUUGUAUAAGAAACACUUUAUAGAUCACUGAUGUUUCAGCUGUGAUUUUAGAUCUGUGUUUUAUUAUUGAUUGGAUUGGCGCUAUAGUUUACCAUAUUAGUAUUGAGAACCUAACUGUGUAUGCAUAUUCAUUUACUUCAGUGACACUAAUGUCGAUCUUUCUCGCUGUUUUGUGUCAUAUCAAGUUGUGCAAAUACUGUAGCUGUUCUUAAUGAAAAUAAGAACUCUUUAAUACUUCUUCUUUAAUUCUUAAAUU